AAUUUGACAUUAAAUAAGUGUAUGUUAAAAAAAUAAAAAUAAAUAUUCCCACAAUGAAUUGUGAAAAUUCCUUUAUAUAUGCUUGGGAACCCCGCAAAACAAACGCGCCCUUGAAGCCCCUCCCUGUCUUCGCCCGCGGCCUGCGACUCUGUGGGCAAGCGAAGACUAGUCUUCUCUCUCUCGAAUGGCGUGAGGCGUCUAAAAGUGUAUCUAACGUUUUUGACCAAUAAGUUGCCGAUGAUGGUUAACAGGAGGAUCUCUUCUUCUCCGGCGAGUGUGCCGGAAAUGGAUCCUGGAAUAUGGAGCAAGCUGCCGGUGGAUCUGCUGGAGCACGUUCUAUCAUUCCUCCCCCUCAAAACAUUCUUGAAUCUCCGAUCAACCUGUCGCCGCUUCAAAGCUCUCAUCUUCUCUCCUUCAUUCAUCUCCAAACACUCUUCUUCCCCUUUCUCGUCAUUUCUCUUGCUUGCUCACCCUCACUUCCACCGCCUCCACUUGCCUAUCUUCGACUCUAUCGUGGGCUCCUGGCGCAAGCUAUCCCUCCCCCUCUCGCGCCUCUUACCCGACGCCGCCCCCUCCGUCCUCAUCUCCACAUCCAAAGGCCUCCUCUGCUUCUCGCUCCCCAAUUCAUCCUCCUUCCUCGUCUGCAACCUCUUGGCGAAAUCCUCCAGACUCAUCGAAUUCCCUACGCACCCUUUCGCUUUCGAUGUCUUCACAUUCGUAUCCACAUCCGUCGGGUACAAAAUCUUCAUGUUAUCUUCCGGAUCGGCAUCCACCUCGGCUUUCGUUUACGAUUCUAGGUCUGAUUCUUGGCAGCAAUUCGGGGGUUUCGAUCCGAUUCUGAGCGAUAAUUGCCACCAGGAAGGCGUUUUCUCUAAUGGCUGUUUGUACUUCACAACGCCCGAGCCGUUCUCAGUCGUUUCCUUCGAUUUGGAAACGGGGAAUUGGGGGAAUUUGGUCUCUGAACUGCCGCCGGAGCUGACAUUUGUCAGAUUGGUGAGCAACGGCGAGGGGAAGGUGUACAUGAUUGGGGGAAUUGGGAGGAACGGGAUUUCGAGAAGCAUGAAAUUGUGGGAAUUGGAGCUGGAAUUGGGGGGAGAGGGGAAAUGGGCGGAGGUGGAGAUCUUGCCGGAUAUGAUGUGCCGGAAAUUCGUGUCGGUGUGCUAUCACAAUUACGAGCAUGUAUAUUGCCUGUGGCAUCAAGGGAUGAUCUGCGUCUGCUGCUACACAUGGCCGGAGGUUCUGUACUACAAGGUGUCAAGGAAGACUUGGCACUGGCUGCCCAAAUGCCCUUCUCUGCCGGACAAAUGGAGCUGUGGCUUCAGGUGGUUCUCCUUUGCUCCUGAGCUACAUGCUUUCGUGUGAGUCCCUGCUGUGUGUCAGCGCGUGUGUGUGUGUUUUUUAAAAAAAAAUAUUACUCUCUUUUUUUAUGUGAGCAUUUGGUUUCUUUCUUAAUAUUUAUUAUGCCAGCUUUACAUGUCGUUUGCUAUCGCUUUCUCUAAUGUAAAUAAAUAAGUUUAGUUCAUAAAGGGAGAUGUGUUGAAGUUCUA